AAGGUUGACUGGCGCCACCAUGCGGUAUAAAAUCUGUCAUUAAAUCGUCUGCAGAGGGGGAAUUCGAAAGUAAGUGUGGAAGGUGUGGCAUGUGUAUUCCGCAUGUGCGUUUUAUCAAACUAUUCUUGAAAUGACCGAAUCUCUGCAGUUGCGGGGCACACUCAGAGGUCAUAAUGGAUGGGUUACACAAGUUGCUACUAACCCCAAUUUUCCGGACAUGGUUGUCUCGUCAUCUCGAGAUCGCUCGUUGAUAUUGUGGAAGCUGACCAGGAGCGAGGGUGGCUUCGGAGUGCCGCAGAAGCGGCUGACAGGUCACAACCAUUUUGUGAGUGAUGUGGUGAUCUCAUCCGAUGGCCAUUUUGCUCUUUCUGGCUCCUGGGACAGAAGUCUCCGGCUGUGGGAUCUGACCAAGGGAAGCAGCACGAGGCAGUUUGUGGACCACACCAAGGACGUGCUGAGCGUGGCGUUCUCGGCGGACAACCGUCAGAUUGUCUCGGGGAGCCGUGACAAGACCAUCAAGCUGUGGAACACGCUGGCGCAAUGCAAGUUCACCAUGCAGGACGACGGCCACACGGACUGGGUGUCGUGCGUGCGCUUCUCCCCCAACUUCCAGAACCCCAUAGUGGUGUCGUGCGGCUGGGACAAGAGAGUGAAGGUGUGGAGUCUGACCAACUGCAAGGUGAAGACGGACCACGCCGGCCACACGGGCUACCUCAACUCAGUCACCAUCGCACCCGACGGCUCCCUGUGUGCUUCCGGCGGCAAGGACUGGACAGUGAUGCUGUGGGACCUCAACGAGGAGAAGCACUUGUACACGCUGGAGCACAAGAGCAUCAUCAACGCCCUGUGCUUCUCCCCGAACAGGUACUGGUUGUGUGCAGCGACGGGCCCCUCCAUCAAGAUAUGGGACCUGGAGGGCAAGCUGCUGGUGGACGAGCUGUGCCCCGAGGUGGUGAGCCAGUUCUGCGCGGCCGACACGGAGCCCCCGCAGUGCCUGAGCCUGGCGUGGUCGGGCGACGGCCAGACGCUCUUCGCCGGCUACUCCGACAACCACGUGCGUGCCUGGCAGGUGGUGCCCGCCGCCUCCUAGCCCCGUGGUCACCGCCCGCCGCCAAGUGUCCUUGCCCGUCACCGCCGUGUUCUGCCGGGGCUCACCGCUCUCCGUUACCUUACAAGAUUAGUUGUCGUUAGACAUCGGGCAAGUUUCUCCUCAAACAUGCAAUGUUUAUUUAAGGAAAAAAUUUUCAACUUGAAAGAUUAUUUAUUUAUUUAUUUUUUUUUUUUAAAGAAUUUUGAACCCCAGCAGACACCCUAGUUUAGCGAAAUAUAAAAGACUGAAUGCAUUAGUUGCCGUGUGAUAUUUUAGUUAGCAGAAGGAAAUAUUGUUUUUGAUUGGGAAUUUUAUUUUUGUUUCCCCACUGCUGAAAGAAAAUGUGUUAUGAUAUGAUAUAGAUGAAUCUCAUAAUUAUUGUUGUUGAUUUUUGUAUGAUUUAUGAAAAAUACAUACGUGUUCCAGCUCUGCAGAGAAGUAUAGAUGCUAUCUGGAAAUAUGUCAAAUGAACGGUUUUGUUCACUAGAGAUGCCUCCAAAUGUUCCUACUCACCCAAACAAUUGUGUCCUUUAAUUUUCUCUCACUUUUAAGAUUUUUUUUGCACAUUGAAUCAUCUGUACAUUUCUAGGCCAGAAACCGUCUGUGUCUUCUUCAUAGAUGUUUCAGCUUGUUAGUAUUCAGUAUUAAGACACACACUCUAAAACAUUUAAUUAACCUGGGACACACACCUACGCUGAUAAUGUAACCUGUGGUUUUUUCUAGUCAUACCUGAACAUCAGAUUGUCAUGUGAUACUAUUUACUCUAAGAAAUAGUAUAAAUUCCUGUAGUGUGUAUGUUCUGUUGACAUUAUACGUUAGACUACGACUAAAGUUCAGAUAGUUGCUUGAGAGUCGCAGUGCUGCUGGCUUCAGGCGGUAGUGUUUCCCUGCAGAGUGGUGUUGUGGAUGAACGGUUUUUUGUUUAAAUGAUUCUGUAAAUGUAUUAUACAAAAAGGUGGAACUACGAUGUUGACUCCAGUAGUAAAUAUUGUACAGCUUGCAGGCUUCAUUUUCGUGUAGAUGCAAACGGGCAGCUUGUUUUUGUAAUUGUAACAAGGUAAACUUAUUCAAAUUUCUUCCCAGCAUUACCUAUAGUAAUGCGACAUUAAAAUCCUUAUAAAAUGUGUUUCAUAUUAGUUCACAUUCCGUGCAGCUUUCAUGUAACCAUGGAAACAUCUGCCAUUUAAACUAGAAGCUUCCAGGUGCUACGUGAUGUCGAUAGCCACUUUGUUUGGAAUGUUAACAAUUUCUAGUCAGUGUAAUAAUGUUUAGUGAUAUUGGUGCCAUUUAUGAAUAUGUAUUGCAUUAACUAUGUAUGUAUACAACGGGUUUUUUUUUCUCAGUUGCUGUUUGAAUUUAAUUACUUUAUAUUAAUUUCAGUAUUAAAUAAUUUAAAUACAUAGUAUUGACUGAGCUUAUAUCAAUAUGUAAAUUAUAUUGUAUGUUAAAUAUGAUCUUGCAAAAA